GCCGCGCCGCACUUGACGUUCCGCUACCACUGCUCCCGCACGCUACAAAAAAAAGAUAAAAUGUCCAUCUCCGAAUUCAGGCGGAAGAAACUUCUCUACGUUUUUAAUGUCUUCUUUGAUGUCAAUCAAAGUGGCACGAUAGAAAGGAAAGACUUUGAGUUGGCUAUAGAGAAAAUCUGCAGCCUCCGAGGAUGGAAGCCCGGAGACCCGAAGCACACGGAGACGCACGAAACCAUGAUCAAGAUCUGGGACGGGCUCAGGAAGAGGGCUGAUUCCAACAGGGAUGGACAGGUCUCCGUUGAAGAGUGGGUAUCCAUGUGGAACGACUACGCCCAGAAUCCGGCCUCGGCCCUAAAAUGGCAGCAGCUGUACAGCCAGUUCAUGUUCCAACUUGAAGAUGCUAGUGCAGACGGGUCCAUAGACUGUGACGAGUUUACUACGGUCUGCUCGUCCUACGGUAUUGAUCCUCAGGAGUGCAAGGUGGCGUUCAGUAAGAUGGCUAAGGGUAAGCCCAACGUGUACUGGGAGGAGUUCCAGGAGCUGUGGAAAGAGUAUUUCUCCACCGAGGACCCGACCGCCGCCGGCAAUUUCAUAUUCGGCAGGACCAGCUUCUAAGUCAGCUAAGCCUGCCUGCGGAACGCCCGUAUGAAACAUUCCACUAUUGAGUGUAAGAGCUCGUGCAUAUUGGCGGUUAUUCGUCUAGCAGCUGUUUUAUUUAUACUGCGAUUUUGCAACUGAAGC